UUAAAUAAUUACUAAUAGUCUUUGAAAGCAAACAUCUCGAGGUACGCGCAGGCGGCAUUUUAAGUAUAUUAAUAGCAAAAGAAAAAACAAAAUGUCCGGUAAAAAAAGCGACACCACAGACCUCAACUAUGACAUGAACUAUAAUUUGUUUUUGCUGAAGACUUCUAUGCAAAACCUCAAGUCGGCGCAAGACAGGCAUAGCGUAUCCCGGUGGCUUCACAAGCUGUUGGCCAGUAACAAGACAACGGCCGAGAUGAGGCUGCGCAACGAUUUUAUGUACCACUUGGUGACUGCCGUACAGGACGGAGAGCUGCGCCCACCGUUCAACCAGUAUCCGCCGUCGGCUCCGCUCAGCAGCCUCUCGUACUUGCUUACCGGUGGCGCGCCAGGAUCGGGCGGUAAAGACUCUAAAAAGGGUGGCGGCGCCUGGGAGUGCGACCUGUCUAGCGAGGAGACUGACAAGCCGAUGUUGUACAGACAGUCACCGGACGGUGGCGCUUUCUUGGCCGCGCAGCCCAUACCCAAAUGCGGCGCUUUCUGUUACCUGGCUGUGGUCAGCAAGCCACCCAAAAAGGAAGACGACCCAAAGUUGUAAUCGAAAUUUCCAGCGCACGUUUGUCUAACGAAAAUAUAUUCAACGACCGCUUCAAACGUUUUUGUAUUUAUAAUUUUUACCGACAACGGCGACAUGUCUGGGCGGCCGUCAGACAUUAAACUACAAUGUCUGUCCAUAGUGAUUUGAGGUUAAUAAAUUUAUCACGGCCGAUGGCUGAGGAUAUUCUUAUUUAGGCGAUCUAAAUACUCAAUCCCACAGUUUACAGUUGUAUACCGUUGAUCCAAAUCUAUUAGAUGUCUAAAUUAUAGAUGCGUAUAAAAAC